CCUGCCUUGCUAAGUCGCGUGAUCCCCUACUGACGUAGACAAAUUUUAACCAGCGUGGGCGAGAGAAAACCUCAAUAACUGUCCUCCCACACAGUACUUGGAGCGCAUUUACCAGGAACAUAAUCUGUUAUGAACAGUACAGUACAGUGCAGUAGAGUCAGCCUUCGUGAGACCUUUAGUCAGUAGAGGAAGUAUGAAAGACUAGAGUAGAGUAAACUAUACUGCUGUAAUAAUUAUAUCUACUAAUCAAGUGGGUCUGUUCUGAACUCAGGAAAAAAAACUGAGCUAAAUUUAGAUAUUUAGUCUCUUUAGUCUUUACUAGGUAAGCCCUCGUCUACGAUGUAGAUUCUGGCUUACUAUCUACGAUGCUAACAGCUUUUAUUUAGAGUUUGCAAUGCGUACGCGUAGGCAUGCUGUAGCUUUUUGCUCUGUCAGGCUCCGCCCAGCUAGUGAUUGCCCACGUUCAUUUUCACUUGUCUACCACUCGUCUACCGUCACGCGACUUAGCAAGGCAGGCUCUCCUUUUUCUUAGUCUCUUCCUUCUUUCUUUCUUUGUUCCUCCAAUUAGUCCCGUAUUUUAUCUUAUUGAACUAUAACAAAGACCAGAAAAAGGAGAGGCUGCGAAGGAGGCUAGUAUAUACAUGCAAAGAUAAGUAUAGCACUAAGAGUGACAAGGUUGCAGUGCCGGAUAGUUAAAGCUGUGGUGUACAUUGUAACAAGGGAAGUACUGAAGUGGUAUCCCUAUCGUCUGCUUGACCAUCUGUGAGAGUGUGUGAGAGAGAAAUUCAUUAUAGUCUCUGAAUAUGUCCAUCAAUGAAUAAUACAAAGAGGGCGUGUUAAAAUAAACAAAGUACAAGAUUUCGUUUCUUGUGGACUACAAACACACCAGUGGCUAGCGAUGGCAACUGGAGGAUCUUCUCUAACUUGGAGCACAUACAAUGGCAAAUAUGAUUACGGGGCAUCAGGAAAGAGGGAAGUGUUACUAAUCACGUCCAACCUCACUACCCAAAAUGAUGACGUGGUACAGAGAAGGCCAGGGGGAGAGCUGAAAGAUGAUGAGAGACAGAGAAUGGAACAUCAAGGUGUACCAAGAGACUGUCACCAUAAAGAUCUGGCUAUUAUGAAGGCAAGAUUCGGCCUAGACAAGGAGAUAAGCAGUACUGAAGUAUUGAGAGAUGAUGGAUCUCUGACACAUGAGCAGGUCACUAAGAAGAUAACCCAACUACUGAAUGAUACUGAGACAGGUGGAGUCAUGCUUCACUAUAUUGGCCCUGGUAAGAAGGGAACGGGAGACUGGUGCUUCAGUGACGGCUUUAUCAGCUUCAGGGAUAUAAUGCACCUCUACCUGCAGAAUGCAUACUUCAAAGGACGUGUUCUGACCAUUGUCAGCGACUGCAGCUACUCUGGGUGUUGGGUGAAGGAGGCCAUGAGCUUCCUGGAUGAGCACGGAGUGGGACCUUGUGGACACACUGCCAAGGAGAAGGGGAUCCUAGUUAAAGUGUACGCAUCAUGUCUGGCUAAUGAGAUUCCUGCUGAGCUGGCAUUCUCUACUCGUUGUGCAAAGAAUGAUAAGAACACCGGAACUAUUUCAUACAAUAUUAAAUUACGUGGAGAAAAGAUACACGAUGGACAAUACACUAGUGGACUAGACUUCACUGAAGUUCUAUGCAAGAGCAAGAUCAACGAGCCAUGCACUAUGACCCCUGGGUCAACCUGGCGUCAGUGGAGCACUGCAAAGAGAGUCAUAGAGUUCACGGGUACGGAGAACGAUCAACCAGUGUGGCACUACGUCCUGCUAGUGGAUGAUGAAGAAACAAUCACGAAAUUGUAUGACGAAACAACAGGAGAGAACUAUGGCAAGAACAUUGGUAACGUGAGUGAUUAUGGUCGGAUCUUGAGAACUGGGUGGGGCCAGCAGUCACCUGACGAAGAACUGACACGGAUUAAAGAGCAAUACUACGUGAACUAUAACUACCAACCACCAUCAGAAGCUGCCGACUAAACCACAUGUACACACACACUGACACACACACUGCUAAUGCUUACAAUUGAUUUGUACACAACACUGAUUUUGACUAGUUUUCCCGUCAUACCACGUAUACGUACAUAUACGCCUCCUCCAUCACCACACACUGGUAUACACCCCCUCACCACACACUACAUAAUAUUAUUAUAGUAAGUAAUUUUUGUAGGAAAAAAUGUUGUAGGCGUGGUUUACCGAAACGUAUGCAAUGAAGCCAAUUAAUUUUUACUCACGAA